UUUAUCUAUGUUGACUGCCAAAACAGGUCAGCUGUGGAGCUGCCUCUAUAACCAUGUUUGCUACAAUUCACGUCAUGGCUAGCUCAAGGUUACCCGCGGCAGCACUUACAUUAAAACAGUUUAUACAGAGGCAGAAAGUGUUGAGCCUCUACAGAAACAUGAUGAGAACCAUCAGACAAGUGCCAGACGAGGGAGACCGAAAAUACCUGCGAGAUUGGGCGAGAGACGAGUUCAAGAGGAAUAAAAAUAGCACAAAUCAGGACGCCAUCCGAAUGAUGAUCACACAGGCAAACAUGCAUCAUGAUGAGCUACAGUCAUCCCUUGCAUUGGCUAACGUGAAGAAGUAAUGUCACCUGUCUGAGGCUGAGGUAAUCCACCGAUUUCUCCUGCAAGUGAAUGCCAGAAGCUUUUCUAUGCUGCCUCAAAUGGACUGUGAAAGCCAUUGGAAUCAGUACUUGGACAGUACACUUAUUGUGGAAGCACCUUGGCAUUUGGCCAGACCAGCUCGUUGCAGGUUCAUAAUGUGAUUUGGACCAUAUGAAAUCUGUCAUGAGGAGUCCCAUAUCAUAUUUCCAUCGUCCAUGUCUAGCAGUGGUGACGCUUUCAAAUGACUUUUGAGGAAAGCUGUGAGAGCCAUGUGUGAUAUGCCAUUUGCAAUCAUGUCUGACGUAAUACCCUCGGUCUCAUGUUGGGCUAUUGUAACGCUGUUUAUUGUAACGCUGUUUAUUGUAACGCUGUUUAUUGUAACGCUGUUUAUUGUAACGCUGUUUAUUGUAACGCUGUUUAUUGUAACGCUGUUUAUUGUAACGCUGUUUGUGUCCUUGAGGACCCUCAUGAAAUGUUAUGUACAUGUUGAACAUAAAACAAUGACAGUUGUUUUUUUACUAAA